AUGGCGUCUACGCAUCUCACAGAGGGGGCACUGCAAGGCCGCGCCCGAACUUCACAGGCGGUUGCAACGCUCGCCCCGCAGUUUGGCGAGGACCCUUGCUUCACCUACAUCUUGAACAAGUUGUCCGACGACGAGCGGCUAUCCUACCUGGACACCGUGUUCCAGUUCCUAGUCACGGCCGCCGUCGCCAACCACGGCACCAUAUACGAGACCGCGGACUGGCAGAGCGCCGCCGUCGUCCUGCCGCCCGGCAAGGACGUCGCCAACCCCGUCCACUUCGUCCCCUCCGGCGGGCUGCCCGUGUUCGCCAAGCUGGGCGUCUCCGGCACCGUCAAGAUGCUCUACGAGUUCCCGCGGUACGUCGGCGCGGUCAAGGAAGCCGCGCUCGGCAAGCGCAGGUUCUACUACGUCUUCCUCGUCGCUACGGUGCCCGAGGGCAGAGGACAGGGGCUGGCCAGCAGGGUGCUCAGACAGGUCCUGGAUGUCGCUCAGAAGGAGCAGGUGCCGGCAUGGAUAGAGGCCAGUACAGAGGCGAGCAGGCGCGUCUAUGCAACGGUAGGGUUCAAGGAGCUCGGGACUGUGGUGCUCGGCAAGGGAAAGUGUGAUGCGAUGGGCUUGCAGAUGAAGGGGGGCCCGGGGAUAACGGUAUGGCCCAUGAUUUGGGAGCCGUUGGACACCAUCCAACCGGAGAAAAGCACACCGGUUUAA